AUGGCUCAUUGCUCGGAGGCUGAGAGGCUCUUCGCGGUGCUUCGCGUGGAGCGAGUUUCUGAAAUCUCCGGUUGGGACUAUCACUGCGCUUACGACAUUCUGCUGGAGUUUCUUCGCCACGACAUUAUGGAUCUCGUCUCGCUGAUGCUGCCGAGAGAGGGCGCCAUGCUCUUCGCUGUCAGGGACAUUCUCACGUCUCUCAAGUGCGAUGCUGGAGAGUGCAUUCUGUCCGGCCAGUUUUUGGCCCCACAUCGGGGUGCUCAGGACUUGCUGGUGUCUGGAGGUCCCGCGGUUCGACGCAUCCGGGAAAACUCUCGAGUAUUGGCAUCGUUCACCCUUGGCUCGGGAGCCGGUCGUCAUGGCCUCAUGUGGUUACAGCAGCAGUACAGGCUGGCGGAUCAGGACAGGGGCAGCGGCGCAGCCGUCAAGCAUCAGGAAAGGACUUUGCUAGUGCCAGUCGAGCCCAAUCUCAAGGCUCUCAUACGCGAUUGCAAGCGGAGCAUAUUGCGUGGUCUGGGCCCCGAUCAGCUGAAGGAUUCCUUCGAAGUGCCCAAGUUGCGGGCAUUGAUUCCCGCGACGGAUUGGGGGAUCGCUCCUUGGGACCCGAGCGAUGUGCAUUCGUGGUUGGAUGCAGUGAUUAUAAGUUUGUGGUUCAUGUUCAGAGAGGUGGAGCUUGCCUCGUUGCGUCGGGGUCACUUCUAUCUCGAGGAUGGCCAAGUGGUGGUUCUUAUCGCCAGUGAAAAGAAGGACACUCAGGGCUCCCUCACGACUCGGAGCCUCACGUGUUCAUGUCGCUUCAAGCGACAGGUCUUUUGUCCAUUCCAUGCAGCUCGACGGCACCUGCAGCGCUUGCAUCAGUUUGAGAUCGCACGCGGAGCCAAGGCCGACUUCGCCUUCCCUGACCCUUCGGGACAGGAACUUUCCAAGGCUGCUGUUGUUAGGGGAUUUCGCUCGGUUUUGCACGCAGCCGGCAUAGCUUUGACACGGCCAGACGAAGCGGGUGUCCAUGUACAACGUUUUCAUGGGCACAUGUGUCGAGUGUCUGGCGCGCAAUGGUUGAUCUCCCUCAAUCUGGCAGUUCAUUUGGUCCAGAUACUCGGGCGUUGGAGUUCCGCCGCUAUCUGGAAAUAUGUACAGAGCACGCCUUUGCUGCAAUUGCCCGCAGCGACGGCCCAGGCUCUCUGUUCCGGGGAUACAGCAGCCAGUUUCGAGGAAUCCGCUGAGGUCACCGAGGCCGUUGCUUGUCCAUCGGCGGCGCCAGCGGCGUCGAGCAGCCAGUCCCCGACCAUGCAGGACUUGCUAGCCAUUCGUGAAGAGAUGGAGGCCCUUCGCAGCGCAGCCAAGCCUAGGGGGGAGACUUUUGUACAAUCGGUGCGAUCCCGAGUCAUCCAUCGGAUCAAGGUGGACGAGGAAAGCAAUCCUCCUAAGAAAUGGAGGACGGUUUGUGGAUGGCCCUACGGGGUCCGCAAUUUCACUCGCCUACCUGCAGCAGAAGCAUCGGAUGACAAGUGUUGUCAGCGGUGCUGGGAACCACGUGACGAUGAAUCGUCGUCGUCAUCAUCCUAUCCCUCGUCCGGGUCUAGCAACAAUUCGGCCGAUGCCGAGAGCAGUUCUGAUAUCGGCGAGUAUGCCUGCGGCAACGUGUCGAGGCAAAAGGAGUGGAUCGAUUCUGGAUCCGUUUUUACCCUGCCUCUUGACAGCAUUCAUAGUGAUUCCGAUUCCCAGCUGGCGGAUGCGCGCGGGUCGAGGGCCGUUGACGAGCACAAUCUCUUCCCAUGGCAGUUCGGAUCAGGUGUGCGAGAGCAGUGUGAUUGUGGAUUGGUAAGCUUCUACAUUAGCAGCGCAUCCAUGUCGGAACCAUCGAUCGAUGAGCUUGCUCUCCAAGCCGGAGCCGGGGGCGAGAUCAAACGAUAUUUGAGCGAACGCGGGAUUCGCUCUUCUGGCGCUCUUGCAUUGAUAGCAAAGGACCAGGACCAAUUCGACAACCUGAUCGUGGGACCACUCCUCGAUGGCUGGCGCCCCGAUCCGAUGCAGCCUGGAAUCGACUUGAGCGAUGUUGAGAAACCAAUCGCCAAAGCCAUCCUUCGCUUCAUGUGGUGCUUGGCGGUCGAGCACAGACAGAAGGCGGCUGCAGCGGCGACCGCACCCAUUGCUUCUCCGCCGGCUUCUUCAGCGGCGCUUGGAACAUCGACUCCCGCGGAUGCUUCCGCCGCCAAGGUUCCUAAGACGUUACCGGCUGGCGAAUGGCGGACUCUCAUCGAGAGGUACAAUGGUGUUCUUCUGAAUGGUCAGAAGCGCAUCUUCCCUGAGAGGGAGUUGCUAGGGGCGGAAUCCGUGGUCGCCCGGGUUCUCCACGAACACCGGGUGACCAAACAAUACUCUCCGAUCCAACUAGGAGAGAUACUUCAGCGCCGCAGCUUUCAAUCCAACGGGGAAGUCAAUCCACUGGCCAAACGCAGUCGGUCAACUCGGUUGUCCGUCGAGGACGGCGUCUUGCUCGAAGAGCCGCACGCUGAGGAAGACUGGGUGCCUCGUGGCUCGCUGAGCACCAUGGACGGCCUCAACAGUAUCCGAUGGUGUUAUGUUUUGUGCGAGCUCGGCCCAGAGCUUGAGAUUCAUGAAUAUUUCGAUUCCAUGGUUCGCAAGUCCCGCCUUCGCAACAAUCAGGUGCAGCGGUUCAAGGCUUAUUUUGAGCAGGCGUCGUGGCGGCUCUGCGCACGCUUGAGGGCCAAUCACACGUGGAAGGAGGCGGCUCAGGAGAUCAUGUCUGACGUCGCGGCGUUCCAAGAGGCCAUGCUCAAGGAGGAGCCCGCGGUUCCUUCCCCCAAUAAGCGCAAGUUCGAGGAGACGCAGCUUGGUGAGCAUUCGUGGAUCCCGCAGCCGAGGAAGGGCAAAGGCAAAGAGAAGGGCAAGACGACUGGUGGUCGCAAGGGCACCGGGAAAGGUAAGAAUCAGUGGAAGUCGAGUUCGAGUUCUUGGGAGCGUCCGUGGCAUUCCUGGUCUCGAGAUUGGUUCUAUCUUUCUCAGCUGACGGGCACUGUCGACCGGGUGUCUGUGGAUGGGGAUACUCAGGCUGAACCGACGGAUUCGUCGAGCGGUCUCGGAGGCGAUGCUGGCUCAGGUCCGCGCGCUCCACCGGUGAACGAGUCUCCGAGCGGCUCUCCGGCCAAGCCGUUGGAGUCAAGGAGUCCGAGUGUCGCCGACAGUGCGUCUGUUUCCAAGCCACCGCUUCAUGUGACUCUUCCCCCCCUCAGCGGCAUCGAUGACGUGAUCAUCCUUUCCAUGUUUGAUGGCAUGGGUUCAGCCGUCUUCGCAGUGCAACAACUGGGGGUGCGGAUCCGGGCCCUGUUCGUCUGGGAGAUUGAUGCGGCCGCAGUUCGGGUCUCGAACACAUUGUUCAAGGGUUUAAGGUUUCAACGAGGCGACUUGGAGGCGGAUGAUGCGACCACGGUCGCCCACAUGUUGCAGCAGAUGGACCCCGGUGCUCGCUCACCCAUCCUUGUGCUAGCGGGGCCCCCGUGCCCUGACUAUUCUCGCUUGAAGGAGGGCGACGGUAGGCAGGGCAAGACUGGUCGUUUGUUUCAGCCUUUUUGUGAUUUCCUUGACGCUCUGGAACAUCACCUGUCCGAUCGAGUUCUUCACAUCAUAGCUGAGAAUGUGCUGAUGAAUCGCAAGGAGGACGUCGACUACUUCAGUCGCCGCAUGCGGUGCUCUCCCACUUUGAUAUGUGCCAGCGAUUUCGGCCUCAUCAGCCGCCCGAGGCUUUGGUGGACGCGGCUUGAUUUCGGCGUCUCCAAAACAAACCCCGUUACGGGGAAGCCCAUGAGGUGGAGCAAGGCUCAUGGGCAGCAUCGGCUUCACAUCGAUCCUCCACGAGAUGAUCCGAAGGCCAUCAAGAUGCCCGGUCUGGAGUUCCAUCAGUCCAUUUUGGACGGCAGCCGCCGGUUGCCAUGCCUGACAACGCCAGCGGCCAGUGACGCUGGUCGCGAACCGCCUCGGAGUCUCCACGGCGAGGUGGAUGCAGGCACUCGUCGGCGGUGGCUCGAAGGAGGCCGCCAAUAUGCUCCAUGGAAUUACGGUGAAUCAUCCAUGGUAUCGUCUGCGGAUGGAGAGCGCCAGCUGCUACCUGCAGAAGUGAAAGAGCAAGCUCAUCACUUUUUCUCAGGCGUCACCCGAGUUCAGAACGUCUCGCCCAAGGACAGGCAUCGCCUUUUGGGCAACAGUUGGCACGUGGGUGUUGCGAAGUUCGUCAUCUGGCUGGUCUUGUCACAGAUAGUUCAGUCUCGAGCUGAUGCGGUUCCCGGGCAGCCGACCACACAUGAUCCAUUCCUUUCCGAGGUGUUGCAGCAGUGUCGUGCACGAGAGUUGCCACUCAGUCGAGGCCCAGACUGGCCAGUUUUUGCUUGCAUGCCUCCCACUGAUUCUGAGUGGGAACACUGGUUUCUGAGUUACACGGCUGAGCACCCUCUGCUGUGUGAGCCUAGGGUGAGCCGCGCUUUAGAGCUCGUGUAUGCUCAGAUCGCGAGCCUUGGAGAAGGCAUUGACUCUUAUCGCCGGUCUGUUUUGGCGAGCCUUCAAGCGCUCGUUCUAGCCCGCAAAGAGAGUUCAGAUGCAUGGUUCGCAUCUUUGAAGCCUCAUGUUCGAGCAGCCUAUCGUCUCGAUUCCCCCGUCGGGUAUUUGCAGAUUCCUGUUUUCAUUGAGCUGAUCCGAGGCUGUGGCUACCCGGAAUGGGAAGCUUUGGCUUCCGAGUUGACUCAGGGCCUGCCGAUGCUUGGCAGGUUGCGUCCAUCUCCAGGCUGGAUGCCGAGAUUGGACGAGAAAUACCAGGAGCCCAUUUCGUUGGCAGCCUUCUCUGUUCUGAAUAAGCAUCACGUCGAGCAGCGGCUGCAAAAUCCACGAGUGGACGCGGAGUGGGAGUGUCUGCUCAAAGAGGUGAUGCAGGAGGUUUCUGAGGGCCGCAUGGAAGGCCCAUUCCGGGCACCGGCUUCCUGGAGGCGACAAACGGUUGCAGUGGCCGACGCCCCUGGUUUCGACCAGCUACUGGAGUGUCCUGACGAACACCCCUUUGCUGCCUGGGCCUUUUCUGUCGUGCAACAGGGUUCCGAUGGAGGUCGCAAGGUUCGACGCUGUGAAGAUUACAGACGUAGUUGCCAUAAUGAUACGAUUUCUGCAUCGGACGUGCCCCCACAUGAUGAUGUGUCCGUGUAUGUUGCGAUGGUGCGAUACCUACAGACCAACUCUCUGGCGACAUCGGGUCAUGCCUUUCGGGGCUACCGCAAGCGUUUUUCAUUUAACAGGAUAACAGAUGCUCUCAUCUGGCUGGCCAGGAAUCUUUUGGCGAUACCCAUCAUUCACUAUGUGGAUGAUCUGGGAAGCGUGGACCCGGCCAGUUCUUCCGCGUCCAGCUACAAGGUGUUUGAGUCUUUCUGCCAGUUGAUGGGUUUUCGCUUGAAGGAGUCCAAGGCUCAAGCGCCCGAUGUUCGGCAGAAGCUCCAGGGCGUGGUCGUUCAAGUGCAGGACUCGGGCGUGCUCGUUGAGCCUUCGCCGAGUCGAGUGGCCAAGCUCUUGGCGGAAGUCCGGCUCAUAUUGCAGUCCGACUGCCUGUCACCUGAGAACGCAGCCAAGUUGGCGGGCAAAAUCGGCUUCCUCAGCACUUCGCUGUGGGGCAACAUCGGACAGGCUCUUUCUCGGCCUCUGCACGGUCGCGCCAGGGGCAGUCGCGACGCCGCGCAAACCCUGAAUGGUGGUUUGCGUUCUUCUCUUGAGUGCUUGCUUGAAUUGCUUUCCCAUCCGAUGCCGAGGUUCAUUCCAUACUCACGGAACGACAUCGAUGUCUCAGUUCUGUACGCAGAUGCGUUUUUCGAGUUGGGCGAUCGGAAAUGGUCCGUGUCUCGUGAUGAGCUGCCGUCCAGGUGGCCCUCGAAGAUGCACUUAGCAGCCAACGGCUGGGGUUUCCUGUGCAGGCAUUGCGGCUCUGUGACUGUUGGUCACGGCCAGGUUCCGCCAGACGUCUUGGCUCUUUUCAGUUCGCGAAGAGCUUUUAUUUAUUUCCUCGAAAUCUUUGGUCAAGCUAUCAGUCUCUUAACCAACAAGGAUCGCAUUGGCAAGUUUUGGGUGUCUUUUUGUGACAACCGUUCGGGUCUGUCGGCCAUUCGCAAGGGAUAUGGCCGCGAUGAGGCCAUCAAUCGGUUCCUCUCGUGGUUCCACGCUCUCAUGAUACGCAUGAGAUGGCACGGGCACUUCGAGUGGGUCAGCAGCGGUGCCAACCUCUCCGACAAGAUCAGCCGGGGAGACCUGUCGAUGGCUCGCGCAAGGGGAUGGGAUAUGCUCUCCUCAUCCCUCGAUGGCAUCUGGCCGAUAGUCAAGCGGAUUGCAGUGGACUCGGAGUUCGCCAAUGGUCCAGCUGUCGAUGCGAUGUUGUCCUUUUCCUGGGCUUUCCAGCAGUGCUCCACUUGA